CCAGGGAUUGGAAUGGGCUGGGCAGGGAGGGGGUGGAGUCAGCGUCCCUGGAGGUGUUGAAGGUGAGAGUGGAUGUGGCAUCAGUGCCAUGGUCUGGGAAGCACGGCAGGGUUGGAUCCAGGGUUGGACUUUAUGAUCUCAGAGGUCUUUUCCAAUGUGGCUGAUUCUGUGAUUCUCUGAUUGCCAUUCCUAUGGCAGCACAUGCUUGAGGCUCUAUCCCCAGGGUGACAGAGAUGUCUGUCCAUAUCUAUCUCCAAGGUUAGUCUGUAAAUGUGUGGUGUUAGAAAAGCAGGCUGAGUUCUGGGCUGGUUGUAGAAGGAGAAGGAAGCCCAGAGGCCAGUGCAAGCAGGCAGCCCUCAGCUUGCACAUGAUGUCCCCUCCCUGCAGGUUCCUGUCCUUGAGCCCAGGCCCUGAGGUGAGGCUGAGAAUAAGUGCAAGGCAGAGGUGCUGCUGAGGAAGGAGAGCCCCGUGGUGGGGAAGAGACAGAGCUGUGAGUGCCCAUCCCUGAGAAGGUGCUGUGUCCAUCCCCUGUGUGCCAGGAUAUGUCCUUCCCAAAGCUUGGGCAGAUGGAGGAGGAGGCUGCGAGGAAGAGGAAGAUGCCUUGGGCUCCCCAGGCAGGCCCCAAGCUGAGGACGGAGAGCCCGGAGGACAAAUCCCCCCGUGAGACCCUGGUGGGAGAGGCCGUUUUGAAGGGCUCCCCGGCGCAGGAAGGCAGCGGGGAGGAAAAGGGCCGGAGAUCCCCCCGCAGGAGGGGCUCCAAAGCCAUCCCAGGGUGCUCUGAGGAGGAAAGACCCAGGUUGUGCUGGGAAGGCGGCCAGAGCUUGAGGGGGAGCUCUGACCUGGUGGUCCCUAAGCAGCUUCCCAGCAGGGAGAAACCUUUCAGGUGCUUGGAAUGUGGGAAGAGCUUCAGGCUGAGCACCCACCUGAUCCGACACCGGCACAUCCACACUGGGGAACGGCCCUACACGUGUGGGGAAUGUGGGAAGAGCUUCAACCAGAGCACCCACCUGGUCAAACACCGGCACAUCCACACAGGGGAACGGCCCUACACGUGUGGGGAGUGUGGGAAGAGCUUCAUUGACAGCUCUGGCCUCCACGUGCACCGUCGCAUUCACACCGGGGAACAACCCUACAGGUGUGUGGAGUGUGGGAAAAACUUCAGGGUCAGCUCCAGCCUAGGGUCCCACCAACUCAUCCACACCGGGGAACGGCCCUACAAGUGCUUGGAAUGUGGGAAGGGGUUUCAGACCAGCUCAGAUCUCUUGAAGCACAAGCCGACACACACAGGGGAGUGGGCCUUCCACUGCACCGACUGUGGGAAGGGCUUCAACCGGAACUCCACCCUUGUCACCCACCGGCGCAUCCACACCGGGGAGAGGCCCUACAAGUGUGGGGAGUGUGGGAAGGGGUUUACACGCAGCUCACAUCUCAUCCAGCACCAGCAGACUCACACGGAUGAGAGGCCCUUUCACUGCACCGACUGCGGGAAGAGCUUCAACCAGAACUCCAACCUCAUCACCCACCGGCGCAUCCACACUGGUGAGAGGCCCUACAAGUGUGAGGAGUGUGGGAAAAGCUUCACCAAUAAGUUUGGCUUGACCCAACACCAACAGACCCACCGGUAAAGGAAACCCUGACUACAGGAAGAGCUUUGGCCACUGCUUUCACCCCGAAUGAACCCCCUGAUAGUGAGACAACCCCUGGAGUCCAUUGACUGUCACUCCAUCCCUUUUGACCAGAAAUGACCAGUCCCCUUUCCCAGGGGCAGGUUCUUCCAACAGAACCCUUCUUGGGGGGGUGUGUGUGCAGAUUGCUGCCUUGGCUGGGGGCCCCCCAAGGUCACUCCUUGAGACUGGGAGCAGAGAUCUCCCCCCGAGCGUUGGUCUGGGGGAGUUCCAUCCAUCUCUAGUUAAGAAUUAUUGCUUUUGUACUAACUUGAGUAGAAUUGCUUCAACAAUUGCUUUAGUGUAGAGCGCUGUCCUAUCUUAUCCCGUACUUCUGG